AUGCAAAUUACACCGUACCCAAAUAAGCAACAGUAUGUUCCUCAAACCAAUGUAGCUGCUUUAACCCACAAAAGUACUGGAACUUGUAGUGGUGGUCCAGAUGUACACAGUCAAACUAGCAGCAAUGAUGGUUCGAGUGGAAGUGAAAAGAGACGAGGUCGUGCUGUUUUACCGCCUGCUCCAAUACCAUCAGCUGCUCAUUCGAUCGCGGCUGCGCCUCAUGUUCAGAAGGGUACUUCACUUUCCUUAACGAUGGGAUCUUCUCUUCGAUCAGUUCCAUCUAAUAAUCGUCUAGAAGAAAUGCCACGAGAUCUGAGAUCAAGUCGACAAAGUUUUCGAAUUGCUAUGAGUCAGCCGUUUGAAUUUUUCGUUGAUAAUUUGUAG